GUAGCACUUGUACUUCCGUAAAGCCUGGGGCAAUCUCACCUUCCGUCGCAUAAGUGUUGUAGGUACCUCUUAUACCCCUCCAUUCACAAACUUUAGCCCCGCCCGAAGCUUCUUGUCUAGAGGUAGCUUUGCUUCACGCUUCACGUUUGUGAACUUGGUCGCAAAUUAAAACAUCGUUUGUGGCUUCAUAGGCAGCACUCACUUUAUUUUUUUAUCGCCUCAUCCCUGCCACAUUUCCAAUCAUCCCAUUCCUCUCUACCUCUUCUCUAACUUGGUAACUUGGUCAUUUCUAUCCUCACCAAGAUGGCGUGUCCCCAUCUUGAUUCAAUCUCUUUACACCCUCCAACGCCAGCUCAGUCGGUCUAUCGAGAAGACUGUACCCAAUGUUUCGACUCCAUCGAUGAGCCACAAGGCCUCGAUGUCUGUCUUCAGUGCUUCAACGGAGGAUGCUUAGGCGUUAGGGCACAUUCCCAACUCCAUCACGUCACUCGUAGCCACCCGCUAGCUCUCAAUAUCCGACGAACUCGAAAGCGAGUAGUAAAGGACGAGCCUCCCCUGAAAAUUACCAAGUUAGCCAUCGCGGCCGAGACCGAAGCCGACCGUUACGAUAUUACCACCGCUGUUAAGUGUCACGAAUGCGUCGUCGAGCUCGACAAAACUAGUCCAAAACUCGCACCUAUCGUCGACGGAAUCCUCAAGGCGAAUACCUUCUCGAGACAAGAAGAGGUCAAGGCUUGGGAGCAAGAGCUUACAUCUUGCGAACACAUCCUCCUCUUGCAGCAGCAAGAGAGCCGAAAGCUUCAGAGCGACCUCGGUCACUGUUCCAAGUGCGAUUUAAAGGAGAAUCUAUGGCUAUGCUUGGAGUGCGGUAACUUGGGCUGCGGCCGUGCUCAGUUUGGUGGAGUCGGAGGAAACUCUCACGGAUUGGCACACGCUACGGAAUCGAAGCACGCUGUCGCUGUUAAAUUAGGAUCCAUCAGUCCGGAAGGCACAGCAGACGUUUACUGCUACCAAUGCGACGAAGAGCGCGUAGAUAGCGACCUCGCAACCCAUCUAGCGCAUUGGGGCAUCAUCCUAUCCGACCAAGUCAAGACGGAGAAGAGCUUGACGGAGAUGCAAAUCGAGCAGAACCUGCGCUGGGAGUUUUCCAUGACUACCGAAGAUGGAAAAGAACUGAAGCCCCUAUUCGGACCCGGUCUCACAGGACUAAAGAAUCUAGGUAACAGCUGCUACCUCGCAAGCAUACUCCAGUGUCUAUUCGACCUGCCCGCGUUUCAAGAGCGGUACAACAUUCCCGAAGCCGACCUUCCCAUCGUACAGGACCCGGCUCAGGAUCUCGAGACGCAGCUUCGGAAGCUAGGGGACGGAUUAUUAUCGGGUCGCUAUUCGAAGCCGGACACCGACGUCAUCGCGUCCGAGAACUCCCCCGAGAUUCCGCACCAGAAAGGACUGGCGCCUAGCAUGCUGAAGCAUCUCAUCGGCCGGGGACACGCCGAGUUCUCUACGAUGCGCCAACAGGACGCUUUCGAGCUCUUACAGCAUCUAGUCAAGCUUAUCACCAGAUCCCAGCACCCAGCGCCUCUGAAGGAUCCUACCCAGCCCUUCCGAUUCGUCCUUGAGCAGCGGCUCCAGUGCCUAAAGUGCAAGAAGGUCCGGUAUAGCAGCAACGAGCAGGAUGGUAUCUUUAUCGACGUGCCCCUGGAGAAGCUGCCGGCCGUACAAGGCGAAGGCGAUCGCUAUAAGCCGGUUACGCUUAAGCAGUGUCUCGAUAACUUCACCGGUACGGAGCUGGUGGAGUUGACAUGCGCUUCGUGCGGGAGCAAGGACGGAUUUACCAAGAGAUCCUUAUUCAAGACCUUCCCGACCACGCUCGUGGUUAACGCCCGGAAGAUGACGAUAGAGAACUGGGUGCCUCGAAAGGUUGACGUGCCGGUGAUUGUGGAGGACGAGCCGUUCCUCCUGGACAAGUAUCUUUCUUCCGGACUUCAGCCUUCCGAAGAACCUCUGCCCGAAGAGGAAGCGUCCGCGGCCCCGGCUUUUAUACCUAACGAAGCGGCGCUCGAAGGACUUAUGGCGAUGGGAUUCCCUCGCAACCGCUGCGAGAAGGCGCUACACGCGACGGGCAACUCGGAUGCUAACGCGGCGAUGGAGUGGCUAUUCGGACACAUGGAAGACUCCGACAUCGACGAGCCUCUAGUUCUCGCGCCGGCGGGAGCGGGAUCGGGUGGUAGCGCCGCCGCGGAUCCCGAGAAGAUCGAGAUGCUGGGAUCUAUGGGAUUCGGUGCGCCUCAAGCUCGCAAAGCGCUAAAGGAGACGAACGGCGACGUAGAACGGGCGGUGGAAUGGUUGUUUAGCCAUCCUGACGACCAGGGUGAUUUUGGCGAAGAAGCUGAAUCGUCGCCGAAAGAGACCGCUCCAGCAGGGAGCUCGGAUCUGCCAGCAAAGUUUCAACUGCAGAGCAUCGUGUGUCACAAGGGAACCAGUAUUCAUACGGGACAUUACGUGGCAUUCAUCCGCAAGCUACUUGAUACUACAACGCCAAAGUGGGUGCUUUUCAACGACGAGAAGGUGGUGGAGGCAGGGGAUAUCGAAGAGAUGAAGAAGACGGCAUACGUAUAUUUUUUUAACCGUGUAAAAUGAAGAUGAGCAUUUGGAGCAACCGGGAGAAUGGUGUUGAUACAUGAUAUACAUACAUUGGUCAUUCGUGACUUAGAUCCGAGAAAGACACUUCCGGCAGAGGCAUAGAUAGUUGAGGGCUACCUGGCGGUUGAGCUGCCUUCGAUAGAGCUGCUGAUUCGGGAAUCGUUUAAUAGAUUCUGUACCAGCUAUCAGCGUUUUGUGCGUCUAUGAGGACUUUGCCCGCGCUUACCUGUGC